GAGGACCGCCAGGGGGUGUGGCACCAACCGAAAAUGAAGAAAGGUUCCCAGGCUCCUGGGGAUCCUGCUUCUGGCUUCGGUCUCUGCCUCCCCCCACCCCCUCCCUUACUUCGGCUCCGCUCUCUUGGGUGGGGGGUCCAAGGGUGCAUGCCGUUGAAGUCAGGUCUUGACAGAACGAGAGGAUUUGAGGGAGGCGGGGGGAAGAAAGGAGAACCGUGACCAGGACGCUGGCACGCGCGCCUAGUUAGUGGUUUCACUCCCAGGCAGAAGCAGCCGCGGUGACACUCGAAGUGAAAGCGAAAGAGGAGGAGGCCAAGGGCUGGAGAGAAAGCUACAGGCCAGAAAGGGUGGUUCGGAGAGCCCCCUCUUCUCCAGCCGGGACGCGCCCGCCGGAGCAGUGGGGAAGGACGGCGGGGCGGGAGGGGUGGCAGCGCAGCCCCCAUGGGCGCGGGGCAGGGCUGGUGCCUGCUGCUCUGCCUGGCCCUGUCCCGAGUGGCGGCAGACCCAGAAGAAAGGCAGUGGCGGGAGGUGGAUGUGGUCCUAGACUGCUUCCUGGUGGAGGAAGACAGGCACCCUGGAAGUCUUGCCGGCAGUAGGACCACGGUGGAGGCCUUGCUCGUGCUGAGGCAGGUACCAGUGCUGGAUGACGGCUCCCUGGAAGCCUUCACUGAUUUCCAAGGGGGCACACUGGCCAAAGACAACCCACCUGUUACCUUCGAGGCCUCAGUGAACUUGGUACAGAUUCCUCAAGCCGAGGCCUUACUCCAUGCUGACUGCAACGGGAAGGAGGUAUCCUGUGAGAUCUCCCACUAUCUCCUCCAGGCCACUGAGAAGAAAGCUUCGUUCAUUGCCAACGUGCAGGUACCCGGAGGGGGACCUAGUGUCUCCAUGGUGAUGAAGGUUCUCAGGGAUGCUGAGAAUGGGGCUGUUUUGCACCCCACACUGAAGCUGCCCCUGAGCCCCCAGGGGAUGGUGCAGACUGCAGUGGAGCUCCAAGUGACAACACAGACCCCAUUGCUGAAUUUCCUGCUGGGGUCCUCAGCCUCCCUGCACUGUGGCUUCUCCGUGGCCCCGGGCUUAGACCUGACUGGCGUGGAGUGGCGGCUGCAACAUAAGGGCCACGGCCAGCUGGUAUACAGCUGGACCACGGGGCAGCGGCAGGCCAAGCGGGAGGGUGCCUCCCUGGAGUCAGAGCAGCUACUCCUGGCCGGGGAUGCCUCCCUCACCCUGCCUAGCCUCACCCUGAAGGAUGAGGGGACCUACAUUUGCCAGAUCACCACCUCUCUGUACCAAGCCCAACAGAUCGUCCAGCUCCACGUCCAAGCUUCCCCCAAAGUACAACUAAGCUUGACAAACAAAGCGCUGCCACCCACCCUCAUCUGCAACAUUGCUGGCUAUUAUCCUCUGGACAUGACUGUGACGUGGAUCCGAGAAGAGCCAGGUGGAGCCCCAGUCCCCGUCUCUGGGGCCUCCUUCUCCAGCCUCCGGCAAAGCACAGCGGGCACCUACAGCGUCUCCUCCUUCUUGAAGGCAGAACCUGGCCCUGAAGGCACCACUUACACCUGCCAGGUCACCCACAUCUCCCUGGAGGAGCCCCUUAGGUCCACCGCCUGGGUUGCCCCACCAGAGCAGAAAACGGCCUUUGGAGUCCUCUUGGCCAGCAGCCUCUUCCUUCUUACACUGUUGUUCCUGGGGCUCCAGAGAUGGCCAGCUCCCUCACCGAGAUCUGCCAAGACGCUGAGGCCCUCUGGGUAACCACUCUCCUGCCUCAGUAAGAAGAAAGAGUAGUCACAUUCUCCCAGAAGGACCCUAAAAAGGCCUGAAGAAAGGCAUGAGGAAGGCACAGGUCACAGGGGCUCGGGCUCGGGCUCUGUGCACGUCUCUGCCUUCCUUCAUUGUGUCCCUGGGCUGAACACCAAGGGAGAAAACGUGAAGAGGUGAGAGGGUGGUAGGAAGGCAGAAUGUCUGUGUGGAGGUUAAAAAUAAGCCUGUGGUAGGAAAAGAAAAUGGGAAGACAUUAAGAAA